GUUCAGUGCUCAGCUCAAUAUGAAGCUGGCCUGUGAUGAUGACCGACCUUUUAAUGUUGAGAUAAAUCCAUGAUCUUAUUCAAGCCUCCAUUUAACCAACAGUAAUGAUGCCUUCAAGGAACUACCAUCUCUCUAUUUUGUCCCUCAGAGCCUCAGUGAGGAGCAGAAUGGAGGCGCUGUGGUUGUGUUACUCUUCUCCAACUCCACAGAGCACAAGUCACCUGCUCGCCAUACUUGUUCUCUGUCUCUCAUUGGCUGCUGUAACUGCUUCACUGCUUUUCCACUGGCUCACAGACCUUUUAAAAUACGACAUCCAGACAGCACGUGUUGCAGUUGGUAUCUAUGCCACAGCUGUGUUUAUCCUAUCAUCUCUCAUCCAUCCAUUCCGAUGUGCCUUCACGCUAAUCUUCCCAACGUUGUUCACCCGUCAAGGCCGUAAACUGCUCUUGUCCACAUCUGUGAUGAUCGUGGUGCUGUACGUCCUACCCAACAUGGCCGCCAACAUCGCAACUCUCACACACGUUGUGAAAUGCGCAUCAGAAAAACUCUCUCAAAGUCUUCUGAGCAGCUCAGAGCUCAUCAACACCAUUAAGGAUAAUGUCGUCAGAAAAGCUGCGGAAAGAGUGGAUGGGACUUUAGUGCAAACUCUGCAUGAUUUUGAUCACACCACACAUAUUAAUGUCUCAGAAGUGAAGGGACGGUUGCAUGUGUUGAGUCAGCGAGUGCAGGAGGAUUUCUCAGAAGUUAAAAGUCAAGUACAGGACCUAAAGUUGCUAUUCAGUAGAAUCUUUGCUGCUGUUUUUGUUCUGUACUUGUUCACAGAGUCUGUCAUGUACCUUCGGUCUUAUCUGAUGUCUGUAAGAUUUGACAACACGUAUGUCACAGGUGGGCUCAGGAGGAAAGGAGCUGAAAAUGGGAUUGUGGUUGACGCAAAGGAUGUGAAAAAUGGAGUAAACUCCACCAGUUUCAGAAUAACUAAAAGGGAACUUUUCAGAUGUCUGGCUCCAGCAAUGGUGGUCACACUUUAUCUUCUAAUGACAAUCUUUUUAAUAGUGCUGGACCAUUUCUUGUAUUACUUGGUGAAUUUAGGUGGUCCUUGGAUUUCAAACAUGCCAUCCACCAACGUCAGCAUCAACGUCAACUUCAAGGUUGGAACAGAAUUCGUCUUAUGUAAGAUCUUUAACUCAGACUGUCAGGUAGAAUUGUUCAACUUCAACAACACUUACACAGCCCUCAUUCACUCUGAUCCAAACGUGUGUGAGGCCCAAUCCAGUAAGCUGAACCCAAGUGUGGUGACGGCGCUGGUGUUCCUCUAUCUAUUCAGCUACACUCUGCUGCCACUGGAGGUCUAUGCUCGACGUCUUCGAAGGAAAGUAGCAGCUUCUUUCUUCCAGCAGCAAGAGGAGAGAAGAGUUGAGUUCCUUAUUGAGAAAAUUCAAACUAAAAAAGAAAGACAAAACAAAGUUUUCUUUAUAGAAACCAAGCAUCAGGAUAAAGAAGUCUCUGGGAUAACAGAUCAACUAUAGUACACUUAAUACUAGGCUGUGUGUUGUAUAUUUUUUACAGAACUGUAAA